AUGCCUUACUAUCCUCUGCCUGAUGUUUCAUCUAUUGAAAAGGUAACAUUACCUUCUAAAGAUAAUGUACACAAUCCACCUCCAGUGCAACCUAGAAAUUCUUCUUUAAAAUUGUCUCAAGAUGACAAUCAUUGGGUAGGAGUACCAACAGAAACGGAACCGGUUUAUGUAUGUUUAUCGCCAUCUCAAAAAAUGUUAAUGGAAAAAACCAAUACAGUUAUAACGAAGGAAGAUGCUAGUCAACUUGUUGAUAUGCAUAAAAAGUAUGUUGAUAGAAGAGGUUAUAAUGAAUAUUAUGGCAAAGAAAUCAGAAAAGAAAACCAGAGACCUGAUAACCCUCCUGUUGUGCCAUUCAAAUCCCAGACUGGGUCUCGAUUACUGGCGUUGAUACGUGACCCAGCUGUCACUGAUAAUAUGAAUUCUAUAAAAUCAAAGAAUCAACUCAAAAUUUUAGACCAAAUAGGAAGUAUUGAUAAAAAAUCUCAAGAAAUGUCAUUUAAAAAGCAAGAUUACUAUAAUUCGGCAAAUAAUCUUACAAGCAACUUAAAACCCGUCCCACCUCCUAGAACUCGUAAAUUUUCGUCAUCAAUAUAUGAAAGCGACGAAAGUGAUUUUACAGACAGUUCGUUUCGCUCUAUUAAAAGUGAGAGAAAAUCAUUUCACUACUCAACUGGUAAUUUAAGUAAAGAAAUUGAGAACGAUAUAUCGUCAAUUCAAAAUAUGCAUCGAUAUUACACAGACUUCAGAGAUCAGUUCAAAGAUCAAACUGCUCCAAGAAGGCCGUCUUUGCCCAAAGAUUUGUGUGACCAACAAAUGGAAUACAUACGACGUAAAGAAAAAGAAGUAGAAGCUGAAAUACGUCGACUUGAAAAUGAAAAGCUUAGUCUCCCUGUACAAAUGAAACAAGGCCCUAGGGCUCCGCUAAUAUCAGAAGCCGAAGUCUAUAACCAACAAAUUACUCGCACUAGUAGUCAAAGCAUACUUCUUAAAAAGGAUUCGGAAUUAAAACUCUCUGCUCUUAAAACGCCAAAAGUACCAGAAAAACCAGAUAAAGGAAAAUUGUCUGUUUUCAGCAGUAGUCAAGAAGAACUACUACGCGAGAAAAUGUAUUCAGAAUAUGUCAACCAAAUGGCUGAACGCGAAGAAAGGAGGCAACAAAAAGUAAUUAAAAUAACCAAUAACAGUAAACCUGUUACAUCUACCUCAGAAAACCCUUUCUCUAAAAGUAUGCCAGCCUUAGAUUUUCUAGAUUCUAAAGUAAAUAAUAGAAUCGAAAAGGAAUUUAUCUGGAGAGCAAGAGAAAGGUGGAACAAAUUAGGAAUCAAAGAUCCAGAGACAGAGGAUGAGAGAGAUGAGAAUAAUAAAGACGUUUAUAAGGAGCCGAAAGUAGUUGAGCACAAAAUUAAAGUGAUAGAAGGAGGAGAAGAAAAGGAUGUAAAGAAGUUGCCGAGCCAUCUGCAAGAAUUCGUUCGUUUCACUGUGAAGGACUCCGACCAGGGGAAAAGCAGUCCGGAGACCGUCAUGAUCGCACCGCGGUUUAAAGCGCGCUCCACGUCGCCAGCGGUGUGGAGGCCAGGCGCGCCGACGCCGCCGCCCGCGCCCGCGCCGGUAGCGCGCUCGCCGGGCGCGCCGCCGCCGCCACCGCCGCCGCCGCCAGUCUGGACCCCGGGUGCUUCGCCCCAGACGCCGAGGAAGUCCUUCAGGCCUGUGCACUUUGAGGAGACGCCGCCUAGCCGCAGGAAGUUUGGGAGUUCGGAGCAGAACGGUUGCACGAGCGGUUCGGAGAGCGAGGGCCGUCUGCGGACUAGCCACAGCGCUCCAGCCACCGGCCUCAACUCCUUGGGCAACUCUUCGAGCCGUCUCCCGCGUGCGCAGAACCCCACCGUCACUCUUCUGCAGAAAGCUAGAGAGGGCCAACUUUCGCGAGGUUCAAGCUACCUGCAGCAGGAAAGGGAUAGCGCGCGUUUGCCCCGUGACAGAGUUUCUCCACCAAAGGGCGACCCAAUUCACGCUCUACGCAGAGAGUACGCGAGUGAGGGAGAGGCGGACAGGAGCGACUACGAACGCGGCGGGCCACGUAAAAUGGCACAUACUCAUGAAAAAGUGGAAGGAAUCGGACCUACUACCAAAGACGGCAUGCCAGUAGCAUUGAGAUCUGAAGUCAGAGACCAGUCAAAAUGGUACAAGAAAAUGUACGACACCAUACACAAAAACAAAUACGACGACGAUUUUGUGACUAUUCGGUACAAAAGCCGCCGAGGGCAACCACCGCAAAGGGUGACCAACAAGUCCCAGUAUGCAUACUUUGAUCCCCGCUCUGGCUACCUGAGCGAGCCUGAAGGGGGUCUUAGCCGACUAGGGUCGAGCACAUGGAGCGAUGCAUAUGACAGCGAUGUGACCAACAGCCCUCGGAGAAGGACCACCUCUGUUCAGGAAGAGAGACGCCAUGAAGAGAUUACUUCGCCAUAUCUACCUAGUAAUAAGUGGUGGGACGAGGUCAUGGACAUUUUUGAUGGGUGGCUAGACGACAACUCACCCCUGCCCCCUUACACCACAUUGCUCGCUCGCGCGAUUCAGAAGAGCCAAAUAUCAGCACAGAGCACGACGUCACUGCCACAAGCAUCACCGAAAGAGAAGAAAGAUAUUACGUCUGCCAUUUUAUCUAAAUCUAAUAUGGCAAGAGCCCUAAAAGAGUCAGGCUACGAGUCUGACUCAACGCUCGUGUUCCGUCGCCGCGACGACACAGAAGGACCACUGUCCCCCGCAGAGCGGCGGGCCGCCUACCGCGACCUGCAGGCGGGCGGCGAGCCCCCGCUCCGAGGGUUCCGUUCGCCCGCACCACCGAGGACAGACGAAUCGGAAAUUGAAUACAUUCCGAUUUCUCCCACACUGACGAAGAUAAGAGUCCACAAGAAGUCGCCUCAAUUACAAGAAGUUAUUUGCUACCCAGUCACUGGCAUUGAACGAGACACCAAAUUCAAGAAGAAAGGACCUUCCUUCAUAAGUGUUGACGUGCCAACUAGAAUCGCAAAUUAUCCUCCCGCCCCUCCUCGAAGGAUAUCUUCCAAAAACAGUCGGACGUUAAGACUUGUGACAUCUACCUCGCCUGCCAAGUCUUCAGCUCCUACUCUGCCCUCUCAAUCUAAUGUGGAUUUUCUUAAAAACAAAAUUAGCCACAAACUAACGAGGCAAAAUACACAAAUACUCAGUAAAAAGGAGCCAAAUAACAAAAUUCCCACUGAUAAAACACGAAGUCGAAUCAUGUCUUUGUCUGCACCACCAGCUGUUAAUAGAAAAAACACUGCUUCGGUUACAAGGAGUCUGCCUAAAAAUUUAGCAAAUGAAAUUAGAGCUACCGGAACAAGCAGCUUUGGUUCACCAAGAAAUACUCUGUUACCCACAGAAUAUGCCAAACCGUUGCAUAGCAGAUAUAGCGACUCCCAAGUAUCUGUUGUCAUCGAAGGUGGUGCUGGCAGAAGAACACCCAUUUCAAAUAUUUUAGACAAAGUAACCCCGAUAGAUAAGUUAUGGAGUGCAGAAAAACGUAAUGAACGAAUCGAAAUAUCGAAAAUAAAACCAAAACCCGUAACAAAACCCAAUAUUAGUUCGUCAAGAUUGAGCCCUUUGAAAGCAACAUCGAGUGUAUCUAAUUUAAAGUCUAAUGCAAAUUUGGCUUCACACAGAAGUCGUGACAUGAUGAGGACUGCUGAAAGAGUGCAAAAAUAUAAGUUGUCAAAUCAAGCUAAAUCAAGUCCGUGUUUAAAUUCCAAACCUGACGCUAACAGACAGACGAAACCACUUCAGGUAUCGACCGUUUCCAAAGCUUCUGGGGUUGCGAAAAAUCAAAGCCAAAUCAAAACCGCGACAGUGACUAAUUUGAGAAAAAAGAAAUUGCUUGAUAGCGUUAUUUUAAGACCUCGUAGUGUCCCGUGCCAUGAGUCAUGUAGUAAAAAGUCAAAGGAUAUUAAUAAGCCAGCGAAGAAACCCUCCAAAAUAAAAUCGUCGAAAGUAAAGAGUGCUACCAAGUCAUCAGACGAUUGUGAUUCUGUUAGUCAAUUUGGAGACACAUCUAUCGACGUGUCUAAUUUCGGAUCCUUUGAAGACUUAAGAAAUAUUAAAAUAAGUGCCAAGGACAUCCAACAAACUCGUGAUGCCGUGGUAUCGGACUCGUUCUUCCAACAUCUAUUCUUAGGGGGUAUACAUGUGCCGUCAAUAUCACAGCUGUCCCCGGAAGAAAAAACAUCUGUCCUGCAAAAAGCCAAAAUGUUCCAGUCAUUCCCACAAGACAAUUACACUACGAAAUCAUUAAACACAUAUUUGAUACAUAGGAAACCAGUCUCCUUAUCUCGUUUUAAAAUGUGGGAUAGAUAUCCUAGUCCUGUCAAAGUUCAAGCCCCGCGCUCCAUAUCUUGGCCUGGGAGGAUGUACAAGGAAAUACGCAAGUUCGAUAGCUUAUCAAAAUGUGAAGAAUUUGGGUCAAAUUCCUCCCUUGCUACUGUGAGAAGUAGAAGUGAACCUCCAACAAACAAGUUGUAUUUCUCACAAACAUCUCGGCCUAAAUCUCCUACGGUCAUAUUUAAUAAACGUGAGAUGUCACCAAACAAACCAGACAAGCCUCAGAGAGAUUCCUUGUCACCUUCAAAAUUAAUUUUCUCUCAGACAUCUCGGCCAGUUUCACCUAAAAUUACUCGUAAACAAACGCAGAGUCAACAUGAUCAAGGUUGUAAAGUUAAAAGACAGUCAAUGUCCCCAACUAAAAUAAUAUUCACUGAAACUGCGCGGCCAGUGUCGCCAGUAGUAACACAUAAAAAACCCAAGGUUGAACAAAAAGGAAUACAUUUUGAAGAGAGAUUGCAACCAUCGACGAUUUUCUUUUCUCAGACUUCUCGACCUGUCUCGCCUAAAGUUCAAAAAAAGAACGCUUUAGGAACACCAAGUAGAAGUCAAUCGACAUCACCAGUUUCUUUUAGGUCCCCAUCGUAUCGAAGAAUACAUAAUGUACGUAUCCAAAAUGGGAAGCUUAAUGAGGAGGUGGAGCCCAAAAAAAUCAUACGUACGAGAAGUGCAGACGAUGCCAAGAAAAGACAGCCUGUUACUAUAAGAAUUACAAAAACUAAAAGCAAUCCAAAUAUUCCUUCGGAGGAUCCAGAUUAUGACGAGUACAUUCGUGACAUGGAAAAUUCCAAAUCGAGAUCCGAGAGGUUUAGAGAACUUAACAGGUACUAUUCAUAUUUAGAAAGAGUGGGAGAGUUGGAAAGGGCUACAUCAACAGCUGAUUUACGUCAUAGAAAAAAAGACGAAGAAAUUAUUGAUUUUGAUCGCUGGAAAAAAAUUCGAGCUAUAGAAAGGGCUGAAGAAGAACUAAACAAUCUUUAUCACAAGCUAAGAAUUGCACAAACAGAAAAUGACGUUUUAUUUUAUCCCAGAGAUGUAAAGGAUUUUAGGUGGAACUAUGACAGUGACCGGGGACUGAGAAUUAAGGAAAAAUCUGUAGAAGAUCUGAAAGAACAAUUUCAACAAGGAAUUGAAUUUGAUUCUUUGGAAUUGGAACAGUCUAGGGAUACAUACAAACCUCUUUGGAGAGGCACUAGUGUUGCUGAAACUGCUUUCAACAUUAACAGAAAGGAUGAAAAUAAAACAAAUCGAGAUUCUGUAGUGUACCAAAAACCUACAGUAAUGUUGCAAGAUGCUUCAAUUACAGAACUUCGCAAAAGGAUUGGUCUUGGCAACCGUUUAUGGAGCAGUUUGUCGAUGGAACAAGUAAAUGCUUUAAAAAACCAAUUGAAUGCCAUAUACAGCAAAGAGCUGGAAUCGAAGUCAUCGAAAGAUAUUGACAAAUAUUACGUAGAAGUAAAAGACACCAAAGAUGUAAAAAACUCCACGUUACAUGUAAGAAGUAAUUCUCUUAAUUCUUCUUGUUCAUCCCCUGUCAAAGAACACGAAUUAAUCAAAUCAGACUCAAUUGCAGCUAUCGCAUGUUCAGUGCCAUCAGUUAAAGAUCUCAAGAAUAAUGUUAAUAAAAUACAAAUGAGUCUCAGUGAAAACGAAAAAAGAAAAAUAUCCCAAACUUUGAGUAAAGAAAUUAUGAACAGAAUAAACAAACUAGAUGGGUCAUCCUCUGAAGAAAACACAAAAGUAACGCCCCAGCCCUUACCUAUUCAACCAGAACAUCCACUGAUCCCUUCAAACGCUUCAUCAACGGUGGGUGUUAUGGAUGAAAAUGAAGAAAAUGAGACUAUUGAGAGUAAGCAAGCCCUUCAGGCAGAACACGUUGAAACUGCACACCCUUCAUCUGCAAGCGAAACUGAAACAGGAAGUUCAGAUGUUUCUAAUAAGACUGUUAUUUACAGGGGACCCAGCAAAGAUGUUAAGAAAAAAGUUGAAUAUUUUGAGUCCGUGCAAAACACUGUCGAUCAAGCUAAAAUAAUUUACCACGCCAGAGAUAGUUCAGACGACAAAGAAACUGAAAAUAAAUGUAAAGACAACAUAGUGGAAGAUAAAAAAGAAGAACCUCAAAAACCACACAUAUUUCAAUCGCAAUCUUGCACAAAUUUUAAAGAAUUAUUCGGCGAAAGCGAAAAAAGCAAAUUUUUAUCGCUUCCGCCGAAGCCCGGAAUAUUAUCGAGGUCGCCUUCACCCCAUUCGGAAGUGUACGUGACAGGACGGCGUACACCAGACACGCUACCGUGCUCGAGCGAGGAGACGAUCUGGCGCAGUCGGAGCCCGUCGCCCGACCCGGAGCGGUACUGGCGCGCCUACCUCAACCUGGCUCGCGCGGGGGAGGUGCGCCGCCUGGCCCGCCGCUUCGACUCGCCCACCGCGGCCGGCGCCGUGCUGCGCCGACACCGCAGCGACCCUGAAAUAUCACAAAAUGUCCAAAAUUACGACACCCGACGGUACAAGCAAAAAUCUGUGCUACCCGUCGCGCGAGUCCCUCUUCGUCCGACUAAUCGUUACAUGCCUCAUAUCGAUAUCAUAUCAAAAUUAGCAGCUCUUCGAAGACGUACCACACCACGCUCCAGAUCAGCCGAAGAAGCGUUAGAAUGUCGCCCCGGAGAAGUGAAUCGUAUUCGACGCCGGUUCGAAACUAUGUCACUGCUAGGGCAAAUAUACGCUUCCGCUCCUGACAUGAGCGAGCUGCGAGACAUCGCGCCAUAUCUAGCCGGUCCGUGGAUAGCGCAUCGGUACCCCAAACGAAGCGAUAAUAAUAGAUCAAUUAAAGAUACUUCUAGUUUGGUUAACGGGAGGAAAUCGCCAGUAAAAAAAGUGAUUAAGCCGCAUGCCAAAGAUCCGGUUAAAUUAAGUUCGAUAUUAAAAAGCGAUGUGUUCGCAAAACAAGAAUUUAAUGCAUCGGCACAUAGACCGGCGAGCCGCUACGAGCCCCCGCGCGCGCCGCCGCGGCCGCCGCCUGCCUCGUGGCCCUACCGGCUAGCGCCCUUCGUCACGCCUUCGCGUCACACGGUCACAUUUCAAGAAACCGACUCAGCUCCGGAACCACCGCGGCGUGCGCUAAAUGGAACCCACUCGGAUACCGAGUCGCCACGGCGCUACGUGGAAAGCGACGUGAACAUCCACUACAGAUGUCCCGUGCGACACGACCCGCUGCCGCUUGUGCCGGAGCGCGAGCUCGCGCGCCAGCAGGCCGAGCACAUGAAGCGGCUAUACCGGGAGCAGAGGCGGCACAAGUACUUGCAGGAACUCCAAGACAUGCAAAACAGGCGUCAUCAAGACAACUUCACACCAGCGCAGAAAUCCGUCGUCCCUUUGAACCGAUACGAUGAAGCGGAGAGAAUCGCCGCCCGCGCGUUGUACGCUUUCAACGGGCAGACUCCAAGGGAGUUGAGCUUUAGGAAAGGAGAUCUUAUACAUGUGAGGAGACAGAUAGAUACUAACUGGUAUGAGGGCGAGCUGCACGGGAGGAUAGGGCUGUUCCCCUAUAAUUAUGUUGAGAUAUUAAAAGGCGACGUGGCACACUCACCAAAGAAGCCCGUCGCCCAAGAGGGCAAGGCCCGUGCGAAGUUCGACUUCACUGCCCAGACCAACCUCGAGCUGCCUUUGAAAAAGGGCGAAGUGGUCGUGCUGACGCGACGCAUCGACCACAAUUGGUGGGAGGGCCGCAACGGCAGCAAGACCGGCAUCUUCCCGGAUAGCUACGUCACCAUACUGCAGGAGCCUAGUCAGAACAAACCUGGUAAGAUGGAUGUGUUACUGUCUCUAAAGAGAGGUGAUGUGGUCGUGCUGACGCGACGCAUCGACCACAACUGGUGGGAGGGCCGCAACGGCAGCAAGACCGGCAUCUUCCCGGAUAGCUACGUCACCAUACUGCAGGAGCCUAGUCAGAACAAACCUGAAAUUCAGCCAAUCGCGCCCUCAGACAAGCCAGUAGCGUCUCCCGCGGCGCACGGGCUCCUGAACGGCUCGGCCAAGCGCAGCAUGGGCGCGCACAGCUACAUGCCCACGCCAAAUAAUCCUAACCUCGCGAAUGCACCGCCCUCUACGCAACCCCUACCAGGGUACACGACAAAAACAGCGCAAUCAGCCAUGACUCCCUCGGAGCGCGGCUACGGACCACCAACCGGGGCUGGCGUCGACCUCAACAACACUGAACCUCUGUACGUCGACACUAACGCGGAAGCCGUGCCGUACCGAGCGAUGUACAAAUACCGACCCCAGAACCCCGAUGAGUUGGAACUUAACGAAGGCGACACUGUGUAUGUGUUGGAGAAAUGUGACGACGGCUGGUACGUCGGCUCUUCACAGCGCACCGGCCGUUUCGGUACCUUCCCAGGUAACUACGUGGAGCGCAUCUGAUAGCGGGCGACGCUGCUGCGGCGCCUGCGCAGCGCCGCGCUGUGCGCGCGCCGCGCCGCCCGCCCCGGGCCCCGCCGCUGACGCCGCCGGAGCCGCACUAUAGCUUACGUCACACCUCCUUCACGCCGAAUACGCGAUGCCAAUCAUAAUUCAAAUCGUUCAACUGACAAUCGGAAUUAAAUUCUUUUAACACCGAAAGGUGAAGUUUUGGCUGACAUGAUCGGAAUCAAACUCUUUUAACACCGUUAGGUGGAGUUUUGAUUGGCAAACUGUUGCGCCAAACUGUAAGACUUACUGUCGAGCGCCAUUGAUCUAUUUAGUUUUGGUCGGUGCGACUGACCUUAAAUCGAAGACUGAAGGCCUAUUUACACGGCGCGCAAACUGGCAUGUGAUUUCAGUGACAUCACCAGCUAUGAAUCCGGUCACACUGUAAUAAUACUUACAUGUGGGAUCUCGUGCCAUGUAAAUCGGUCUUAAAUGCGAAUGAAAAUCUACGUAAGCUAUAAAAGUGGUAAAACUAUACUAUUCAAAAGUGAAAGGCUAUUGUGAAUAUUAUAAACUGCCUUUUUCUUAGUAGGAAACGAGUGAAACACUGAAUAUGACAAUAAAGUGACUUCCCCCUAGGAUUGUACCUUAUAAGGUUACGCACUCGUUUCUAAAGCGUGUCAGCUUAGUAGAGGGUGGACCGGACUCGAUGUAAUAUAAACAUAGGGUAUACCAAAGCUGUAUAGAAAACGAUAUCAAUAUCUGCCCUUAAAUGAUAGAUCUAUAAGGUCAAAGAGUCAUAGAAUUGUUGAGCCAUACUUGUCAAAUUAUGUAACGGCGCGUAGUAAGUCGUGGCUCAACUUUCUAUAGCGAGACAACGCGAUAGCUCUUGUUAUAAUUAUGCUUUAACACGUGAAAGCCUUGUCGAAUGAGAGUUGCCAACGGGCACCACACAAACACAACUUGAUUAUAAAACGAUGAAAUCUGUAUCACACAAGUAGCAUAUCUUAAUGUAAAGAAACCAAACUAUACCAUGACUUUUUAUAACAUUUUUAUAUAUUUAUCUAUACUGCCUCAAUCCGUAGUCUCCAAUAAUCAUAUGGUGUAUCAUGUAACUUGGCUGUCGGUAUAUACGGCGAUGUUCGACGGGUUUCGCUGAGUAGUUUAGAAUCUCAGUUCUAACUGUAAAGUGUGCUAACUCCAUGGAUGUGGCUUCUGUCGUCAUUGUCUAUUUAAUUGACUAAAUCGUCAUCUAACAGCCCUCGGCAUAUUGUAAGCUAUCCUAAGUUGUGCGUCCCAAAGAGUAAGUUAAAAGAAAAUGACGUUGUAUAAUUGUGUAAAGAAAUUAAUAAAAAUACUUAUAUACUUGUAUAAUUAUUUAGCAUAGUUAUUUAUUUACGUGUAGGAGUGAAUUGAGCUUGUCUUUUAAAAGUGACAUUUUAAAAGAACGAAGCUGAGCGUUCGGUACUAAUACUUGUUACUAACAAAUUUUGUACGUAUACAUAUCCGCAAAAGUUAAACUUUGAAAACGGUAACAUGCUAACAGUAUCAAAGUUUAGACGUUUUGUGACUAUUGGCCACAGUAAAAGCGACAUAGAUUAUAUAUGAGAUGGAGUAAGGUUUUACCAAAUAUUAGUUACCGCAUAAAAUUAAUCACUAAACUCGUAAUACUCAAAUAAUCACCCAGUAAUGUAUAUAGGGCGAGGUAUAUUUGGAAACGGUUGACAAUACAAUAUUUAUAUGCUUAAUUUUUAAUUAGGAGUAUGAGGUGUAAAAGAAAUAAAUGUUAACAGUCUAAUGUCAAAAUGACUUGCAGGGAUGAUUGUUUUCCUUAUAAAUAAAAUACGCUUUCCACGAGGAAUAUCGUACAUGGACCCAGCUGGUGCUGUCUCUUUUGCACAUCUUUUGCCUAUGAAACAGGCUGUCAACUGUCAAUGUCACGUCGAGCGAACAAUAGAGAUGGAAACAGAUCGAUCAAUGCACGGAAAUCCUGUUAAAAAGUCUUAUUUAAUUAUGUGUCUAUUAAGUCUAGUCAUGAAUCAAAUUGUGUAACUAUAUUUUUACAUUGUGGCCUAAACUCAGCUUCCUUCGUGAUUUGUGUAAAGAAUGAUAUUACUUGUGGUACAUGUCUAGCUAACAACGCAUACUAUAUUCUGUAUUACUAUUAAGUUAUAUGAAUAUAUAUUUUGUAAUCCUUUACUCGUAAACUUUGUAGUUAAGCUCCAAAAUGAAACCCUCUCGCCCUAUGUCAUACUUGUUUUAUGUAGUACAUACCAAAUGCUUUCAUUUAUUUUUAACCUAUUUGUUGUAUUUACUCUUGUUAAUUUAUUUUUAAAAGCACAAAUGGUUUAUUUUGUUGUUGACACCACGACAUAAUGGUAACAGUAAUUGAUUGUUCAAAAUCAUCACUUUAAUAAAAUAAUCCUUCUAUUUAA